AUGGUUGGUAGCACCAUUCCCCUUGCAAGCCUAGUUUUAUUUUUCUUCAUCAAGCGGCAUUGCACUUCUUACAUGCAUGGUCGACAAGGAUUUCGCGGGGAAAAGAGACAAGGGUUCAGUUUUAGGAUCUUUUGUGGUUUGUUGGUUCGUUCCCAAUGUGUUGGUGUUUGGUGUUGGUGUUGGAUUUUUUUUCUCGCCAAACGGUUUUAG